GUGUACUUUAACAUUUAAAAUAAGUUGAAAAUUUGCACCAACUUUUAAGGCAGGCAUGAAACUCUAAAUUCAAUUAAUUAAUUAAACUCUAAAAUCACACUAAUCAAUUUUUUUUUUUUUUUAAAAAAAGUUCCUAAAACCAUGCUAUAAAAUGAUUCACCACAUAUAGUAUACUAUACAACUAUAUAUACAUACCCUUGACAUAGCAUACAUCAUCGAUCUCAUUUAUUCACAAUCCCAAAUAAAAAAACACACCCAAAAACAACACCAACAAAUAAACACAUAAUGUAUUUCUCCCAAGCCCAAAUGCCAACAGCAACCUCCUUAUUCUCAGCCUACGCCUCACUCUCUGCCUUAGCAAUGCUCUUACGCUCCAUCCUCCAUGACUUCAUUCCGAACCCGAUCCGAAACUACAUUUUCUCCCUUCUCCAACGCCUCUUCAACCACCGCUCCAACACCCUCACCCUUGUCAUCGAAGAGGUUAACUCCACGGGCAUUGGCCGCAACCAAGUCUACGACUCCGCCGAGGUCUACCUCUCCACUAAAGUCAUCACUCCCUCGACGGAACGCCUCAAGAUAAGCAAGUCUCCCAAGGACAAGUCCCUCACCAUCCGCUUAGAAAAAGGCGAAGAAAUCGACGACUUAUUCGACAACAUCCCCCUUCGAUGGCGAUUCCUUUGUAUGGAACCCGAAAAGCAACGUAGCUCUUCAAGCGGAAACGACGAUGAUCUACUCUCAUCACCCGCCCCCGUCACCCGGUACUUUGAGCUCACCUUCGACAAGAAGUUCAAAGACAAAGUUAUAAACUCGUACAUGCCUUACAUGUUGGCAAAGUCGAAAUCCGUUAUCGAUAAAGAAAGGACCUUAAAGUUGUGUACCCUAGGGAGUAGGUUCAGUUGUGGUAACGUCUAUUGGGAUACUAUAAACCUAGAGCAUCCCUCAACAUUCGAGACGUUGGCCAUGGAUACGGAGGCGAAAACCGCGAUAAUGGAGGACUUAGAUCGAUUUGUGAAGCGAAGGGAGUUUUAUAGGAGAGUUGGAAGGGCUUGGAAAAGAGGGUACUUACUUCAUGGACCUCCCGGAACAGGGAAGUCUAGUUUAAUUGCUGCGAUGGCUAAUUACUUAAGGUUCGAUAUUUAUGAUUUGCAACUUGGAAAUUUAAUUAAGGACUCUGAUUUAAGGAGAUUGUUACUUGCUACGGCUAAUCGUUCUGUAUUGGUAAUUGAAGAUAUCGACUGUACUAUCGAUAUUCAAAAUCGACGUAAGAAUUUGAAUGAGAAUGGACAAUUCCCUAAUAAGCCUCCAGAAGUUCAGUUGACACUAUCGGGGUUACUAAAUUUCAUAGAUGGCUUAUGGUCAAGUUGCGGGGAUGAAAGAAUCAUAGUCUUUACAACAAACCACAUGGAAAAGCUUGAUCCUGCCUUACUAAGACCAGGGCGAAUGGACAUGCACAUUCACAUGUCUUAUUUAACGUUUCAAAGUUUUAAGAUACUAGUCUCCAACUACCUUGAAUUCGAAGGGCAACACCCGCUCUUUGAUGAGAUAAAAGGGUUGUUUGAGAUCGUCGAAGUGACUCCUGCUCAAGUGGCGGAAGAGUUGAUGAGAUCUGAAGACGUUGAUGAGGCUCUUGAGGGAGUUCUUAAGCUCCUUAAGACGAAGAAGGAGAUGAUAGAUAACAAAGAUGAGAUAGUAGUCCUGCCUGAAGGACUAGAUGAUGGUGUUAUAGAUUAAAUUUGUCCAUUUAGAAAAUUCGAACUAAAUAUCACCUGAUAAGCAUGCUAAGCUUAGUAUUUUGGGAUUUGCUAUGCUGUUUUGAGGAACUAACAUGAUUGUUGUACUAUAGAACUCCAUUGACACUGUAUUAUUACUUAUGAUGAUAUAUAUAAUACCAAAUAAAUUGUUCAACGUUA